GAUCAUGGUCAGAAGUAUAAAGUCCAAACGUUUUUAUAUUUCGCUCAUCAAUAGCAGUAUUUGUAGAAGAUGCAAUGCGCGAUUCCGACUUUUGUUCCGCGUAUAUUAGGAGAAACAGUAUAUAUUUAAUUAACAAUCUGUGGUUUGAGUUGUAGAGUGGCAACAAACAUCGCUCUUAGCAAUUUUCACCUGCGUUAGAUAGUCUAUCAGAAGAAAGUUUUGGUGUCUGUGGGCUACUUUUAGGUCGUUGAUAAAUUAAAAAAUGAACGGAACCAAAAUUAAUGCUGAUUUACAGAAGGAAAGGGCAAAAUGUACCUUCGACCCUAAAGAAUUAACUCAUUUUUUGGACGGUAGUGAACAGAAAACCAAAGAUAGAAAAGAAAGAGAAAAUUUUUUUUUGGAUGAUCCUGAACUCAAAUCUAAAGUGCCUUUGGAAUAUUUAAGCCACAAGGAAAAAUACGAAGAAAAUGUUCGUAAAGCGUGUGUUGUGUUCCGUAAAGUACAAGAAUUACAAAGUUCAGGAAAAGCUGGAAUGGAAAAUUACAGGGAAAUACUUGGUGGUCAACUUGGAUCAGCCAUUUUGCCUGAUGGUAACCCACUCACACUUCAUUUUGUUAUGUUUAUACCUACCUUAUUGGGCCAAGGAACUUUAGAACAGCAGGGUGAAUGGUUGAAUAAAGCUUGGAAUUGUCAAGUGGUCGGAACUUAUGCCCAGACAGAACUUGGUCAUGGAACUUUCAUUCGAGGACUUGAAACUACAGCCACUUAUGAUCCAAAAACUGAAGAAUUCAUUCUCAAUAGUCCAACAUUGACUUCCUAUAAAUGGUGGCCAGGAGGAUUGGGUCACUCUGCAAAUCAUGCCAUAGUGGUUGCUCAGCUCUACAGCCAAGGAAAGUGUCACGGUAUUCACCCCUUCAUUGUCCAACUGAGGGAUGAAGAAACACACAUGCCCCUUAAAGGAAUUAUAAUAGGGGAAAUAGGUUGCAAAUUAGGAAUGAAUGGUACAAACAAUGGCUAUUUGGGAUUCAAAAAUUUCAGGAUUCCAAGGAUGCAAAUGUUGAUGAAGAAUAGCCAAAUUCUGCCUGAUGGAACAUACAUUAAAUCCCCUAGUAGUAAACUGACCUAUGGUACCAUGAUCUUCGUGCGAGUGGUACUUGUAGCUGAUGCUGCUUUUUAUUUGAAGAAGGCUGUAACUAUAGCCACCCGAUAUAGUGCUGUUAGGCACCAAUCACAGAUCAAAGUAGAUGAACCAGAACCACAAAUUUUGGAUUUUGUCACCCAACAAUAUAAAUUAUUUCCCCUUAUUGCAACAUUUUUUGCUUUUCAAUUUUCUUCUAAUUGGUUAUGGGAAGUAUACAACGAAGUUACUUCAGAAUUAGAAGCUGGAAAACUGAGAAAUUUGCCUGAACUUCACGCUGUGGCUUGCUGUCUGAAAGCUGUCUCCACAGCAGAUGCAGCAUUUGGUGUAGAACAAUGUAGAUUAUCAUGUGGUGGCCAUGGUUACAUGACCUGUUCAAAUUUACCUAGCACUUAUGGUUUGGUUACUGCCAUGUGUACUUAUGAAGGAGAAAAUACGGUUUUACUCUUACAAACCGCUAGAUUCCUAAUAAAGGCAUGGCAAAAUAAAAGUGAAACCAUCAAAUUGGACACUGUCAACUAUCUUUGCAAAGCUGAAGACAAACCUUUUGAAAAAUCAGUUGAUUGGAUCAUUUCAGCCAUGAAACUUGUUGCAGCCAGAAAAGUGGAAUUAGCUGCACAGCAUAUAGACGAUAGAGUUAAAAAAGGGAAAGCUUUUGAAGAUGCAUGGAAUGAAACUUCUGUAGAGCUUGUAAGUGCUGCAGAUUCCCAUGGUCGAGCUUUUAUACUGCAAACAUACGCAAGUACAAUAGCAGGCAUUAAUACUGUAUCCUCUCAGUUGAAAACAGUUCUAGUCCAACUUCAACAACUAUACACUGUGAACACAGCAUUAAGGUGUAUUGGAGAUCUUUUAAGGUUCACUUCAUGCCAAGGGAAAGAUAUCAAUGUCUUGCAGUUAUGGUUAGAAGAGCUCUUAGCUGCCAUUAGACCAAAUGCUGUAGGAAUUGUCGAUGGAUUUGAUAUAUCCGAUGAAAUUUUAUCCUCUGCUCUAGGUGCCUAUGACGGUAAUGUCUAUGAUAGGCUUUUUGAAGAAGCCUCAAAGAGUCCAUUGAAUGCCGAACCCGUGAAUAAAUCAUUCCAACAAUAUUUGAGGCCUUUCCUCAAAUCAAAUUUGUGAAGUUUAAAUGAAAAUAAUUAUACAGGGGCCAGUCAGGUUUCAAUAUCUUUUAGGCAAUUUGAACUAUUUAUAUAUUGAAAAAAUUCAUUCCAUAUGUUUUACACUUUGACACUAAACAAUGGAAAGCAGUAUUUUAUUUGUUUCCUCUUGUAUUUGGAGUGACUUGAUAUACAAAAUCAAUACAAUAAAGAAUAUAGGUGAUAUGAAACGUUGUAGUGAAAAGGUAGUUUUUAAUAUAUUUUUAUAAUUAGUAAUUGAUGACGGUUGCUAUGAAUUCAAUUAUUGUUCACAUUUUAUUCAUGUUGUAAAUUGUGUGGAAAAAUAAGUUCCUUAUGGACAGAUCACUGUAUAUUGCAUGAACAUGACAAAUUAUAUUAAAUGUGUUGAAGAAGUCCAUCAAUUCACUA